AUAGUUAUUAUUGACCGGUCAAUAUGAAGCGCAGAUACUUCAAAAUAUUAGUUUUAUUUUAUUAUAUUAAUUCUGUAUUGUGUGAUAUAGAUGAGGUAUUCCAGGGCACAGAACCUCCGCUCACGCCUACGAACUUAGUGGCCUGGCCGAAUGGAUCCGUACCAUUCUUCAUAAAUACCGAGCAUUUUGACAACGAACAGACGCUGAUUAUAAUGACGUCUCUCUCCCUCAUCGCGUUUAAGACCUGUCUGAAGUUCGCGCCGGUGAUGGUGCCGCCGGCCGACCACGAGCACGUGCUCACUUUUGAGAACCCGCGCGGCACGAGGAAAUGCGAGAUACAUCUGCACGGACACUCCAAGGAUGAGCCGCAUAUCGUGACCCUUGGCUAUGACUGCUUAAAAGCCCCGUGGAUGGAUCGCAUCGUGUUGAGAGCCCUAGGGCUCCCCUUCGAGCACAACCGGCAGUCCCGAGACAGCUUUAUCGACGUGCAAUUCGAAAAUAUAGAACAACACGCUAUCCCGCUUUUCACUAAAGACAUAGCGCUGCCCGCGGCCCUCCGCGUUUUACCCUAUGACGUCAAUAGUGUGAUGCAUUUCGGGGACCGGGACUUCAGUAAGAAUGGACACCGAACCAUCAUAUUUAAGGACCGUGACACGAAGCAAAAAUGGGACGGACCGAGCGAGCUGGAUCUACGCAAGAUAGAGAUCAUAUACGGCGCAGAGUGCAGACAGAGAGAUCGCCAAGAGAAGAUAGAGCUAUGCCACAUGUAUCCAGGCGUCCCUCUUGUAGACAGAAAGAAAAGAUCUGUAGACUUAGAAACCACCAGAAGCUUAAGGGUCAAUCCUGACAUAACUCCUCCGCCGGAAACAAACAUACCUAAAGAAAUACAAGACACUUUGACAAACUUGGACAUUGAAGCUGAUGUUCAAAAGAUAGUUGAAGAUGUAUUUAAGCUGUCAAAUAAAGCGUUAAUUAAUAUUAGAGGGAAAUACUGCAAUGCGUCUAAAGAUGUCCUAAGAUCGACAGGAGAGCCCGUAGAUAUUCAUGGAAUUAUACAGAUUGUAGUAGACUAUGCGCAAAAUAUGGUAGACCAUGCUGUCAGUAAUUUAACAUCCUUCUGCGCCGAGUCAGAUUCUAUUGAAAAAUAUCAAAGACAGAUAUGCAGAGGUUGUGACAAGAAUUACUAUUCAACUAAAGUGUUCAAGCCAUAUCCAAGCACAAAGCAUCAACCGUAUAUUCCACAGUCUACUAAGCAUGUAGGUGGUUUUAAGAAGCGUCCUUAUGACCCGCAGUAUUACUUGAGAGCUCAAGAAGAAGCCAAGGAAAAGUCUCAGAAUGAUACUAAAGUCGAGCCUCAUGAUAGAAAGAAAAUACAAGCUUUGAACACAGCUUUACGAGUAGAGCGACUAGCUGAUACAAAAGAUGACUCCAAAAUCUCGAAGGACGGAGAGGUUACGAUGAAGCGGUCCAAGCGCGAGGCCACUGAACCAAACAGGGGUAAGAGAAAGAAGAAACGGCCGGUGGUUGAUGCGCCUGAAGAAAACCAUGACGACUUCGAGGGUAAGAAGUCACGUAAGCCAAAGAAUAAUGAAAGAGAACGCAUGAAACACAAAAAACAACCGAUGAAGAAAGAAUCUGAAGAUAAAUUUGAAGCAUAUUUCGAUAAGGACGAGGAAAGUGAGGAAAAGAGUGAUGAAGGAAAUGAUAAAAGGAAAAAGAAGCCAUUAAACGAGGAGUUCAGGGAGUUAAAUGAUGAACCAAGUGACGAAGCACCUGUGGGCGUGGAGUCUUUUGUAAAGAAACCGAAACCCGUCAAAAGGAGCCCCAAGACCGUGACGUUAUCAAAGGAGAACGGGGAGUUUUAUAAGCAACGCAAGUGGCCGCAGGGCGUCGUCAGAUAUCUGAUAAAUAGGACGAGUACUAAUUUUAAUGUUAAAGACCUGCGCCGGCGCCUAGGCAUAGUGAACGCCAUCUUGUCACUAGAAACUUGCGUUGAGAUCGAGGAGAUACGAGCGGGCGACACUAACAAACAUGAAGAUUAUCUGGUGUUGGACAACAGCCCUGACUUCGUCACGGGCCGGGUCGGCGGGAGGCAGAUAUUCGGCACCCCCGAGCUGCUGGCCGGCGGGCAGCACCGUCAGCACACCGCCAUGAUGGUGAUGGCCAUGCUGGGCUUCUACUUCGAGCUGGCGCGCCACGACCGCGACGAGUACGUGAAGGUCCACCAGCGGCAUAUUAGAGCCGAUAAACUGCACCACUUCGAGAAAAUAGGCGCCGAUGCGACGCUGCCGCUGCCCUAUGACUACGAAAGCGCCACACACCCGCCCUGGAUGUACUGGAGGAAGCUCGGAAAGAAGGGGAUCUCUACCGUCGCUACUUAUAAAGAUAAGGACCCAGACGGCAGCAUCAUGAGGACAUUAGGCCAACACAAAACACUGUUAUCGGAGACAGAUAUCAUUAAAAUAAAUAGUGUGUAUGGCGUUAAAUGUAUGGUAGUAGACCCGAACGUUAAUGAGCCUAACAGCGAUUGGGACUAAUACUACA